CCCCGGCCCCGCCGCGAAGAGCGCAAGCCGCGGUCGCUCUCGCUUUUCUCCUGCAGCCCCUGCCGUCGCCGGCAGCUUAAAAGCCAAAACCUUUUCGAGACGUGUAGUCGAGAGUGAGGUCCUGUUUUCUUGCCUUUGGCUCUUGGAUUGGGAAUCUACCCCCCUCGUUUCGCCCUCGACAGCCCGCCCAGCCCCGACAUGGUGAUGUUCAAGAAGAUCAAGGCCUUCGAGGUGGUCUUCAACGACCCCGACAAGGUGUACGGCAGCGGGGAGAAGGUGGCCGGCCGGGUGCGGGUGGAGGUGUGCGAGGUCACCCGGGUCAAGGCCGUGCGGAUCCUGGCCUGCGGGGUGGCCAAGGUGCUGUGGAUGCAGGGCUCGCAGCAGUGCAAGCAGAGCCUGGACUACCUGCGCUACGAGGACACGCUCCUGCUGGAAGACGAGCCGGCAGGUGAGAAUGAGAUGGUGAUCAUGAGACCUGGAAACACCUAUGAGUACAAGUUUGGCUUUGAGCUUCCUGAGGGGCCACUGGGAACAUCCUUCAAAGGAAAAUAUGGGUGUGUAGACUACUGGGUGAAGGCUUUUCUUGAUCGCCCCAGCCAGCCAACUCAAGAGACAAAGAAAAUCUUCGAAGUGAUGGAUCUAGUGGAUAUCACUACUCCUGAUUUAAUGGCACCUGUGUCUGCUAAAAAGGAGAAGAAAGUUUCCUGCAUGUUUAUUCCUGAUGGGCGAGUGUCUGUCUCUGCCAGAAUUGACAGAAAAGGAUUCUGUGAAGGUGAUGAGAUUUCCAUCCAUGCUGACUUUGAGAACACAUGUUCCCGCAUCGUGGUUCCCAAAGCUGCUAUCGUCGCCCGCCACACUUACCUUGCCAAUGGCCAAACCAAGGUGUUCACACAAAAGUUAUCGUCAGUCAGAGGCAAUCAUAUUAUCUCAGGAACCUGUGCGUCGUGGCGUGGCAAGAGCCUCCGAGUGCAGAAGAUCAGGCCUUCCAUCCUGGGCUGCAACAUCCUUCGCGUUGAAUACUCCUUACUGAUCUAUGUCAGUGUUCCCGGCUCCAAGAAAAUCAUCCUUGACCUGCCUCUGGUGAUUGGCAGCAGGUCAGGCCUGAGCAGCCGGACGUCCAGCAUGGCCAGCAGAACCAGCUCUGAGAUGAGCUGGGUGGAUCUAAACAUCCCUGAUACCCCAGAAGCUCCCCCUUGCUACAUGGAUAUCAUUCCUGAAGAUCACCGACUGGAGAGCCCCACCACUCCCCUGCUAGAUGACACAGAGGGCUCUCAAGACAGCCCAAUUUUUAUGUAUGCUCCUGAGUUCAAGUUCAUGCCACCACCUACUUACACUGAGGUGGACCCCAGCAUCCUCAACAACAAUGUGCAGUGAGCCCAUGGAAGAAAAGCAGCAACUAGAUCUACUUGUUUCUUUCUGCCACUCUUCCUGGACUCUUUUUUCAGAGACUUGGCAGUCUCUCCAGUGGGGUACAGGUCCACCCCCCUGCUGACCCCCAGGGUAGGAGGCGUUCAGCAGGCAGCCUCCUGGGCCUUGAGGGGUGCGCACUCAUCCUUGGCCAGCAGGAUGUUGUGAUACAAGGAUGUUGCUGGAUGGGUUUAAAAACAGUAGAAAAACUCGGGCCCAUCCCAUUUUUCUCCAAUCUCUUUGAAAACUAAGGAGUUUUCAAUAGUUUUGAGUAAAGGGUAGAAAUGGCCUGUCAUUUCCCUAAGGGUUUUCUGAAGGGAUCAUACAUAGGCUGUUGUAACAUCAGGUUUUGAAACCUCAGUAACAUAUGGAGCAGAAUAAUGUAACAAGCUGGGAGAAUGAGAAGGGAAAAAAACCAUUGCCAAAACUCCUAUAAAAGGUUUUUAAAAAUCAGUGUUACCCUUUGAACACUUACAGAAAAAAAGAACAGAAAAACUCCCCAGGGAUGAUUUGACUUUGAAGAGAGCUUUCUCUGUGAAUUCAAGGGAAGAACUUUAGGUUGUCUUUGCUUAGAGUGUUCUUUAAUCUGGCUUAAAGCAGCAGUCACUGUGCCCCACAAAAGGUCUUAAGUCGUAUUUAGAGCCUUUUGCACUGUGUUCUCCUGUUGCAGACAUUUUUGUGUGGGAAGAUAUAUUGUUUUCAUGUGACUCCUUGGAAUUGACUCUAAGGUGGUGUUCUUAGCACUUUAGUUCUUGUCAAAUUCUCAUUUUCUGUCUCAAAUGUAAGCUGAAACUUGUCUACUAUGUCUCUAGGAGUAAGCACAAUAACAAAAAUAGUGUUACUCAGUACUUUUGAGACUGUCCUCAUGUGCAGAGUUCUCAUUCUGACACUCGAAUCGGAUGAGAAGUGUGCUGCUAUCAGCCUUUCCCCUGUGACUUCUCAGCUCAAGGAGGAACUCCAGACAAGACGCCCGCUUUUGUGAGGAGCCUCCAGACACCGCCACAAGCAACUAGAGGGCAUGGCUUUCCAGAAGCCCCUAGGGCUCGCCCUGCCCUGUUGAGAGACAGGCCGAGCCCCCUCUCUCUGCAGACGCUGGUGCUUGGUCGUCACCCUCAGCCUUAAGCACUUUGUUCACUGUCCUGUGUCAGAGCUCUGAGCUCUAGCCUUUCUAUGUGGACUGAAGGUGGUUUUAUUUUUUGUUUUUUAAUUGUGUAUCUUUUUGUAUGAUAAAAACUAUAUUUUGUACUUAACAAGAUAUAUUUUCACCCCAGGUGGGGACAUUCUUUGUAAAAAAAAAAAUAAAAUUAAAAUAAAGUUUUUUUUAAUGUCAAAAACUUCUUGUCUGUGAAAUGGUG